AUGAACUCGAUCAGGGUUGUGCUAGCUGUGGUGGUGACAAAGGGAUACGUCACUGAGCAGCUGGACGUAGACACGGCGUUCUUGAACAGUGAUAUCAAGGAAGAGGUGUACAUGGAAGUGCUAAAUGGCAUAGCUAAUGCGGAGAAGAUGAUGUGCAAGUUGGACAAGGCAAUCUACGGUCUCAAGCAGGCUGCAAGUGCGUGGAACAGGACAAUCCAUGCUGUAUUCUUACAGAUCGGAUUUCGUAGCAGCGGAGCAGAUCAGUGUAUCUACGUCAAGCAUCAAGAUGACAACUAUGUCUAUGUUUGUCUCUACGUCGACGACAUGAUCAUCGCCGCCAAGACCAGCAGGGAGAUUCAAGAGGUCAAGACAGCACUCAAGAGCUCAUUUCGUAUGAAGGAGCUAGGCAAACCUAAAUUUAUUCUUGGCGUGGAGAUUGAUCAUGACCACAACUGCAGUAAGCUGAUGAUUCGACAGACUCGAUACAUCGAUGAUGUGGCCAGCCGUUUUAAUCAAGAGGACGCAAAGACAGUGGUCAACCCAUGCGAGUCCGGCCUGAAGCUGUCAAAGAAGCAAUCCCCAACGACGGAUGUCGAUAGAGCAGAAAUGCAGUCAAAGCCGUACAGGUCGCUGAUCGGAUGUUUGCUAUACAUCACGACAUGUACGCGCCCAGAUGUGAUGUAUGUCAUCACGCAGUUAUCAAGGUUUUUGGAGAAUCCAGGUCAGCAACAUUGGAAGGCAGCCAUUCGUGUUCUUCGGUAUCUCAAGACGACAAGAGACUACGGGAUAAUCUACGACGGCAGCGCUAUCGAAGUAACAACUACAGCGUAUACGGACGCGGACUGGGGUAGCAACAUCGAUGAUCGACGCUCCGUGUCAGGGAUAAUGGUGAUCAUCGGUGGCGCACCAGCCAUAUACAAGUCCAAGUAUCAACGCACGGUGGCUCUAAGCAUUGCUGAGGCAGAGUACAUGGCUUUAAGCCUGUGUACACAGGAAGUGUUAUGGGUUCGUGCGCUGCUUAAGGAUCUAGGUCACGAGCAAGUGGGAGCAACGUGGGUCUGGGAAGACAAUCAAGGAGCAAUUGGGCUUGCCAGCAAUGCCGGCUACAAUGCCAGAACCAAGCACGUUGACAUUCGUCACCACUUCAUCCGGGAGAAUGUGGCCCACGAUAUCAUCGUGGUCAAGUACAUCUCCACCAUGGACCAAUUGGCCGACAUGCUAACGAAGGCUCUGGGGACCAAGCGACUGAACUAUUUGAUACAAGCAAGCUGCAUUGGACCCAAGGGCAUUUAG